AUGGUUACGAGGGUUGCCCUAGAUGUUGUCAUGCUCCCUACGGUCGCGACCGACCGCGGGGCCAAUUCGACCAUUGAGUCGGAUCGCCAGGAAAAUGUGAUCAGACAGGACCUAGACAUGCACCUUUUAACGGCAACCUUGCUGCGGUUCCCCAAUCUGCACACCUUGGCCGUACAGUACCUCGGGAUCUUGCGGGAGGACCCCUUGAUAUGCCGGUGUGCCCCUUGGGGAAUCUUGGCGAGCCGGUCGCUUCGGCAGCUAACGGGCCUGUGUCCCCACGACACAACAACAUAUCGCCCCAGCCACCCCGAGCCCAUCCAUGGGACGCCCGGCGGCGGAAACCCUUGGACCUCGUUUGGCCCGCCGCUAGACUCCCAGGAGACCGUGCGGGCGCAUGAGGAAGCGCGCAUCUGCGUCCAGAAGCUGCUGGUUGCCGCGGCCGCGGCGGGGCUCCGGCCCAAGACAUUCGAGAUCCUCGCGGGCACGCUCGCGCAGCUGGGCCACGAGAUCCUUCAAUGGCCGGGAGAGGUAAUGUUCCAGGUCAUGCCGAUGCUCAAAUCGAUCCGCAAGCUCCGGCUCAGCCUACGGCUGGUGGAAGGGGGUCAGGCCUCCUUCUGCGACUGGCUCGGCUACGCCACGGGGCUCCGCAGCCUGCACCUCGACAUGUGCUCGGCGACCGACCAGUAUACGGGCAGCCUCCUCUACUUCGUCACGCCGCCGCGGGGCAUGACGCAGACGCCGCAGCUCCCGGGGCUGCCCCCGGUGAGGAUGUUCCCGUGGAUCCCGCUCGCCGAGCUCACGCUCUCGCGCGGCUCGCUCGACGUCAACAGGCUCAUCGCCUGCCUCCGGCACUUCGGCCCGACCCUGCAGCACCUCGAGCUCGAUCGCAUCACGCUGUACCACCACCGGACGGCCCAGCCGCUGGGGAACCCGCCGGCCUCGCAGGGCCUCCUGCCGCGGCUCCUCGACGCCGUCGAGCCCGUCGCGCGCGGGUGGGCCUCCUUCCGCCUCUCGCACAUCGCGCACAGCGGGCCGCGGCGCCCGUGGCCUCCUCCCCCGCCGCCGCCGCCGCCGCCCCCCGCCGGCCUACUGGGGCUGUUCCCGCCGCCCCCCGCCGGCUUGCCGGGGCCGUUCCCGCCGCAGGGCUACGUCUUCAUCGCACCCGGCGGCCACUACAAGACCAUCUCGUACGCGGGGCCCCACCCGGCCGCGGCGCUGCGCGACAUCCGCCGGGGCGUCGUCGCCAGCGCGCCCUGGACACCGGACCCGGAGGCGCGCUGGGAGGGCGCGGACCGCUGGGAGGGGUCCUGGGACCCGUGGGCGAGGACCUGCGCGUGCGAGCGCUGCGCCUCCAUGGUCUACAUCCACGUCCGCCCGGCCGACCCGGAGAGCUACCCUGUGGACAUGGACCUGAGCUGACAUGGGAUUGGAUGCGCCGUUGGCAUGUUAUUCUCAGGUACACAAGGCGUGCGUUUUCGCCGCAAGAUGGGAAUGAGAGUGAUGUGUGCAUUUUUGGGGUGGCCUUCAGUCGUAAUUGGUAUAGAUCUGCUGCAUGGUUGGGGCCUCCACCGCCAGCAUCGGUCGUUGAUCGAGUGUGGCAUUUUGCGCCGCAUCGAAACGUCGGAUCGCCAGAUGCUCCGGGACUUCCCUUUCCAGAUAUCUACCAAUUUUGCAGACAACAGGCUAAAUUCAGCGUUGAACCCAAGCGAAAAUAAUAAUCCUUGACCUCCAUGUCGCAGUCCUUGUUACACCAGACUCUUCGCUCUCAGUAUUCCCACACAACCCAGCCGCUGCGCACAACCAUAUCCUUCACAUGAUAACCAGACAUGGGCCCAGCCAAUCUUUCAGCUCAUUCUCGCGCUCCCAUCCGUGGCCUUUGCCUCAAAUCUACCUCAAAAAGAGCUGUGAUGCCCGCGGCCCCUAGUCAGAUCUACCCCUGGGCGAGGAGGAUCUGUAUCGGCUCUCCGCAGAUGCUUCGAGGGACCCGGCGGUUCUGCAGCCGAGGCUCCGUUCGACUUCAGAAAUCUCGUGGAGGAUCCUCUGAUGUUUUUUUUCAGAAGCUUAUCCCAUACCAACCCAACUACUUUACAUGCAAUUUUUCGGUUGGAACUUACGGUUAAAUCAAGAUACAAAACACCCAUGAUAAAGGUUUAUCCAGCAUGGGAUCUGGGAUUUAUGGUUACGUCGCUGAGAGCCAGAGGAUCUCUGCCAAUCCAAACAUCGCUCGGAAACGCAGUCUGAGAUUUGCAAACCAAAGCUGCACUGAUCCACAAGCCGAGUGCGAUGGCUGACAGGUGUUUCGGUAUACAGACUCUGUCCCAGAAUGUACCACCAUCUCUGCACAUGAUCGAAAGUGACAGACGCCUUCUUCGAAUCCAGACCACGACGAACGUAGAUAGGUCGCGCAGACGGAAGAAAUGGUUGCCGCGCUUUAGCAAAGAAAUGGUGCAAUUGCCUUUCUGAUACCACUUGUAGUACAGUAGUUCAACGAAUUGCAUGUUUUCGUCUAUGUUACGGCCCC